CGCAGUUUGGCUCUGGCUCCUGCGCACCAUUAAUGUGUGGAUGUUCAUGCGUAUUUAGAUAAGUGUUUGUCGUUGAGGUUAUGUUUUUUGAAUCGUAACCCAAAUAAAAAUUAAUGAAUGAAUUUAAAUUUGCUAAAAUUACUAUUAUAAAGAAGUGUAUAACGUUUUGAACGACGUGUUUGAAUUAUCGAAAAUAAUGGCUGGAAAAUGUGGCAAAGAUUUGGCAUUGUCAAUGUUACGAACAUUGCCAAGAGUGUGUUUAGGUAAUCUUCGAGGCAAUCCUGGAUCAAGUAAACCUUCUAAACGUGGCCGAGGGCAACAUGGUGGAAAUAAGCAUGGAGCUGGUAAUAAGGGAUCCGGUCAGAGGCAAAAUUUCUUGCGCAUUGGGUAUGAAACUGGAAACAAUCCAUUUUAUCUCAGAUUUGGAUUUGAACCAUAUUAUAAAGGGCAUCAUUUAAGAAGAGAGUAUCCACCUUUAUCCUUACAUCAAUUGCAAAUGUUUAUUGAUACAAACAGGGUAGAUCCAUCUAAACCUAUUGAUCUUGUAUCUAUACUCAACACAGGAUUGUAUAACUUUAAUGUAGACCACAAGCAUGCUGGUGUUCAUCUUACAGAUGAGGGAGCUGAUUAUUUUACUACAAAAGUAAACAUAGAAGUUCAAUGGGCCAGUGAGCCUGUAAUAGCAGCAAUUGAAAGAAAUGGUGGUACUAUUUGCACUGCAUAUUACGACCCUCACAGUUUAUAUAUAUUACACGAUGUAAAGAAAUUUUUCAACAGAGGAACAGCAAUACCACGCAGAAUGUUACCACCAACAGAUUGCUUAGAAUAUUAUUCAAGUGCAGCAUCAAGAGGAUAUUUAGCUAAUCCUGAGUUGAUUUCUCAAGAACGAUUGGUUUUGUCUCAAAAAUAUGGUUACGUACUUCCAAAGAUUGAAGAUGAUCCAGAUUAUGAAAUGCUUACACAACGUAAAGAUCCUAGACAAAUAUUUUAUGGCCUCGAACCUGGUUGGGUCAUUAGUCUUAAGGAUGAAGCAAUUCUUAAACCUAAAGCUGAAUAUCUUAAAGAAUAUUAUUUAAGUUGAAGUGUUUCUUUGUAGCAUACUCGUUUAAAAAAAUAAAUAAAUAAUUUGAUGAAAAAAGUAAUUUGUAAACUUAGGCAAGCUUUAUGUUAUUUAAUAACAAAUGCGUUUAAAAUUUAUCAAAAUAAAUAAAUUCCACAGA